GUCCGCUUUAUAUUCAGUAAACGUAUACAAUGUCGCUACAAGGAUAGACACCCUUUCACACCAUUAAGUGCAAGCCUUUUUCAUUACAUAGUUGGCAGUUAGCUACACUCAUUAGCUUAGCGGCUAACGCUACUUGUCCAUUCAGUAUUAAGUUAAAUAUUCCUGACUAAAUCAGUGGUUUGGGUCAAAGUGAGAUACAUGACUACACGUUACGCUCACGACUCACUGAAGGAAAAUCCUGCUGUUAAAUUAAACGAAACGACGCCGUCAAGCACGGAUCAUUGCCAAGAUGAGUUUGAGAAAGCAGACACCGAGUGACUUUCUGAAGCAGAUUAUUGGGAGACCUGUGGUGGUCAAACUGAACUCUGGUGUGGAUUACAGAGGUGUCCUGGCCUGCCUGGAUGGUUACAUGAACAUUGCCAUAGAGCAGACUGAGGAGUAUGUCAACGGGCAGCUCAAGAACAAGUAUGGAGAUGCUUUUCUAAGAGGAAACAAUGUCCUUUACAUCAGCACCCAGAAGAGGAAAGUGUAGUGAAGACCAUUCUGUUUUGUUUUUUAUUUUCAGUGGACCACUGUCCUAUGUUGUUGUUUCUGUAAAACCUGAAUACUUGUGUUUGAUUUUGUAAAAACGGAAUAUGUUAAUAAAUCCUCAGUUUUGAUUUACA